AAAAGUUAUAGAAAAUCACACCAGAAAAUGGGACAUCCACGCCGUACUUUGCUCUCUUUUAUAUGUUCAGCUUUUCUAGUUUUAGUUGCAGCAUCUCGCUGGGCACGAGGAGAUGAACCAUUUACACAAUGUUUAAUCCAGAAUUCGCACCUGUCUCAUCCCAUUUCGUCUGUGAUUUACACCCCCAACAAUUCUUCCUAUUCGUCCGUUCUUCAAUCCUACAUCCGUAACCUCCGGUUUAAUACAUCUACCACCCCCAAGCCGAUUGUAAUUAUCACGGCACUGCACAUAUCACACGUACAAGCAUCAAUCAUCUGCGCAAGGGAGCAUUCGCUCCAGAUGAAAAUCCGAAGCGGGGGCCAUGACUAUGAGGGCAUAUCUUACUAUUCCCUGAGCACUCCGUUCUUCAUACUUGACAUGCUGAACCUCAGGUCCAUUGAGGUGGAUGUGGGUAGUGAGACUGCCUGGGUCCAGGCAGGGGCCACACUUGGGGAGGUUUACUACCGAAUAGCCGAGAAGAGCAGGACCCAUGGUUUCCCUGCUGGCGUCUGCCCUACGGUUGGUGUGGGCGGGCAUUUCAGUGGUGGGGGGUAUGGAAACAUGAUGAGGAAGUACGGCCUCUCGGUGGACAAUAUAGUGGAUGCCCAGAUGGUCGACGUCAAUGGGAGGCUCCUUGACCGAGAAUCCAUGGGGGAGGACCUCUUCUGGGCCAUUCGAGGUGGUGGGGGAGCUAGCUUCGGGGUCAUCCUAGCCUACAAGAUAAACCUUGUACCCGUUCCCGAAACUGUGACUGUGUUCCGGGUAGAGAAGACUCUAGAACAGAAUGCGACCGAGAUCGUCUACAAAUGGGAGCAAGUUGCCCCUCAUCUAGAUGAAGACCUAUUCAUACGGCUCAUCAUAGAUGUUGUCAACUCGACAAUUCAAACUGGUAAGAAAACAAUUCGAGCUUCAUUCCUUGCUUUGUUUCUAGGGAACACUACAAGGCUUUUAUCCAUCACAAACGAGAGCUUCCCGGAAUUGGGUCUUAAGCCCUCGGACUGCAUAGAAAUGACUUGGGUUGAGUCAGUUCUUUACUGGACGGCCUUCCCCACUGGGACCCCGGUGGAAGCUCUCCUUUCGCGUACGCCACAAGUGCUCACACACUUGAAGAGAAAAUCCGACUAUGGUAAGGAACCGAUCCCGAAAGAGGGUUUAGAGUACAUUUUCAAGAGAAUGAUAGAACUUGAGAGGCCUGCCCUAACUUUCAACCCUUAUGGUGGGAAAAUGGCUGAAAUUUCACCGGCGGAGACUCCCUUCCCACACAGAGCUGGGAACCUGUGGAAGAUACAGUACGCAACGAAUUGGGACGAAGAUGGAGAAGAAGCAGCAAACUAUUACAUAGGAUUGACGCGAAAGCUAUAUGAUUACAUGACGCCUUUCGUGUCCAAAAACCCCAGGGAGGCCUUUCUCAACUACAGAGAUCUCGACUUGGGGAUUAAUCACAACGGCAAUGCAAGUUACAUGGAAGGCACAGUUUAUGGGGUGAAGUACUUCAAAGGGAAUUUUAAGAGGCUGGUGCGAAUUAAGACCAAGGUUGAUCCAGGGAAUUUCUUCAGGAAUGAACAAAGUAUCCCGACUUUACUGCAUCGAAGAAAGUGAAGCAACGUGAUACAUAUAGUUUUCGCAUAUCCAUUCAGUCAAUAUAAGUUCAUUAUCAAUAGUGUAGUCAUAUUUGAAUAAUGAAGAUGAAGGUCUGUAAUUGUCGCAGUAGUUGUACGUCAUUAAUUGCCAGUUCAAUUACUGAAUAAACCAAAAUUGUUUGAUUUCUGUUGAUAUAUACGAGACUGCUUCUGAGAGUUAA